GACGCUCUGAUGACGCUCUUCUGAAGUUUGUUGAUAAUUGCUAUUUAUAAUUAUAAUUUAUAGUUGUUGAAUGUUGGUCGUAUAGUCAGACCCAGUACUCAGUAGUGAUAGUUGUCUGUGUAUGUUUACAAUGUCCACUAGAAGCGGACGCUUGCGGUCGAGCAUUGUGAAUGAAAAUAGUAGUCCUUCACGUAAUCAGAAGCCACGGAAUCGUUCUCCCGCCAGAAAUCGGAAGAGUUCAGUAGAGCGCAAUGCUGCUAGCCAGUCGCCAUCCAGAAAAUCUCCCAGUAGGAAGUCAGCUUCUAAGUAUCCUGCUCGUAAAUCACCAUCCAGAACGGUUAAGGAAAGUGACAACUCCAAGGAAAAGCCUAUUCCUAAAUCUCCUGCAAAACGGCCCGCCUUAAAUAAGGAUAUCUCAGUCCGUUUAGAAGAUAUGACUGCUAAGUUUGAAAUAUUCCGAAGUACACGCGCUAAGCGUGCAGAAUAUUCUUUAACAGACAUUCCUACAACAAUACUAGCGAAGGAGGAUAACAUAAAAGGCUAUGACGCAACUGAUGGUUUGCGAAACCGUCGUUAUAUGGAGAAUUUACCGCAACGUAGGUCUAGUAGGCUUAGCUCUUCUAGUAUAGGCAAGAUUCCAGAAGUAACUCGAAGCGUUAGUAAAUCCCUGAGUGAAUCUAUAAGUAAAUCUAUUGAUACAUAUUCUGAUGAUGAACCCGAAAUUCAAGCAUUAAAGGAGAGGUCUAUAUCUGUGGCACGGAAAUUGUCAACACCUCAACCUGCCAAUUUUCAUGAAAUUAAUGUAAACCGAGAGUUUGGUGGCCAUAUUAGCUCAUUCUUGCUAAUGUUUUUGAUACCAUUAACCAUAUUUGCCAUUUUGAUAACUUGUUCAAGAACUUGCAAAUUUAAAGAUAUAUUCAUAUCAAAUGAGUUUAAAUCUAUAGAAUCAUGGUUUGGUGGGCAAGAGUUUGUUAUUGUGUUGAGCCAAUAUUUGAUGCAAGCAAUUAUACUGGGCAUCCCAGUAUUUGGUAUCAAAGCUGUAGAUGAGUGUGGAAAAAGAUAUUGUUUCAAUGCAUUGUUUUCAUGUGUUGUAACAUUGGUCGGGGUUUUUGUGUUGGAUUUCUAUAAAUUUGUAAAAUUGAAUCAUUUUAUGAAUUACACUAAGCUCGGUGUAGCCUCAUAUCUGGUGAGCAUGCUAUUAGCAUUUCUAUUGUAUGUGAAGGGCAGAAAGAUAUCUGAAAGUUUUCUAAACCCUUAUGCAAAGACAGGAUAUGUAUUAAAUGAUUUCUUUAUUGGCCGUGAGAUCCAACCACAAAUAAAGAAGUUUAAUAUAAAGUUGUGGUUGUAUAGAGUCUGCAAUAUCAGCACUAUUGUACUCUUGACAAUUAUGUUCGUACAAAGCUUUGUUAUAAUACAGGACCAGGAUGAUAAAAAAUAUUUGUGGACUAACUAUAAAGCUUUACUUGACAAAGUACAAUGGAAUCCAACAACACUAUACUUUACACUUAUGCAAAUGUGUUACAUUCUUUACUUUGUAGUGUACGAGCAUACAGUUGUAUCAACAUUUUACUGGCAGUCUGAAGGGCUCGGCUAUCUACAACUCGUAGCUAGUGCACUGUAUCCAUUUUAUUUUACAACAAUAUCAAAAUAUGUUAUUGAGUCACAAUUGGUCUUAAAAAAUAGUGUUUUAUGGAUGGCCUGUGCUGCAUUCACUCUAGGAUUGUUAAUAAUGGUGACUAGUAAUAAUAUAAAGUAUGAGUUCAGAAACAACCCUCUGCAAGCCAGUUUGGCACAUGUGGAUUUCAUGCCAACAUUCCAUGGAAAAAAGCUAAUUAUAUCCAACAUGUGGGGUAUUGUCAGACAUCCCAACUAUGCAGGGGACAUUCUGAUUCAUAUUGCUCUCGCAUUACCAGGCAUUCUUUCAUCUCAAAUUGUAGCUGCAAGUCCAGCUUUGAUUACUAUAUUAGUAUUAUUGCAUCGGUGCUGGAGGGACCAUGUCAGAUGUGGUAGGAGAUAUGGUGCUGCGUGGAAAAGGUAUUGUAAACGAGUACCUUCUGCUUUAAUACCAAAAAUACUCUGAAGUAGUCUAAUUUCAUAUCAAACAAAACAAUGUAUUUUUAAAAGUGUUUUUUACUACUCAAUUUGAUGCAGCAGUUGCAAUAAUACUUAAAGUUUUGUAGUAAUGUUAAUGAUCUACAUCACAUUACUUAGGGACAUUCAAUGGAUGUGAACAAUGUGUGGAAUAGUUUAAUGGAUUUUAAUUGAAACUUUUUUAGUGUUUGUAAUUUAAGCAGUUGUUACAUAAUAUGGAUCUUAGCUUAAUGUCUGUAUGUGAUCCUAAUAUGUUAAUUCAUAUUUUUAAUAUACUCACAAUGCUAAUAAAUAGGUAGGUUAACAUUAUCAUACUAUGUACUGAAGAUCAUUGGUUAGAAUCUCUAAUUCACUAAUAAAAAAUUAUACUUGAAUACAAUGUAUGCCACUUUGCAAUUUAUAUGCUCUUGGUACAUAGUACAAAAAAUAGUUAUUUUAAAUUAUUUUUAGAGUAUAUAGUACUUAUACAAUUGUAGAUUUAUAAUAAGAUCUCAAACUAAGACAAUGAGGUUUAUUUACAUAGAAAUUAUAUUUUAGACUUAGUUUAUUGCCAUAAAAUACCACCGGGUAUAAUAUUUGUUUUAAUAUUUUAUAAUUUAUGUGUGAUCAAUUUAUUGCAUGUGAAUUCAUCCUUACAUUGUAAGUAUUUUAAAAUAUUGAUAUUUACUCAAUAUCUAUUCUGUUUUGAAAUUUUUCAGUAAAAUCUCUUCCGUGCUCAAUUAAUUAAACAUUAAUAAUAAUUGACUAUCAAUAGGUUCUUAAUUGAUCUUAUUAUUUGGUGAUGAAAUAAUGUUUGAAUCAUCUUCUCUAUAUGUUCUGUAUGUUCUGUGUACACUAUAUGAUAUUUUAUAGAAAAUUAGAUUGUAGUGUGACCAAAGGCAUUUAGAAAUAUUGUGUUUAUAUAUACUUAUAAUACAAUACAAUAUGUUAUAUGCUUGCAUGAAUUUCUGUUGUUAAAUCUGUUCUGGCUGUAAAGAGUCCAAAAGAAAUAAGGGUGUGACAAAGCAAGCAUGUUCUUAGUCUCAGUAGUUUUAAUAUCUUAUAACAGUUAAGAUACUGAAAUGAAAUAUGCUGUUGUAGGGUUGUUACUAAGGAGUUUAAAAUGUUCAUUUACUUGUCUGUCAUAAUAUUAAAGACAAAAGGACUGACAGACAUUAAAAUAGCACAUUUUAGCACAUACGAUUAAAUGAGAUGUCUUAAGUGUUAAUUUAUAUAUAUAUUAGGGAUGGGCCGAACUUCAUUUUACAUUCUUUUGAUUGAAAAAAAUAGAAUAAAAAAACUGUUAAUAAAACAAGCCUUUUGACAAUUGCAAAUAAUAAAUAGGGGUUAAAGUAUGAAAUUGCCAUUUUAUUGUGAUUGGUACUUCGAAUUGACAUACAACCUUCAUGGCUUGAGAUUUUUGAGUGAAAUUCUUCACAUGGUACUUAUGCAGUACUUGUUUUAAAAAUGUUUAACAAUCGAUUAAGGUCGAGUCUUGUAAUUGCAACUAAAAAUAUUGGAGCCAUUACGUCAUUGUUUGAUAAUUCUGUAUUCAUAAGCAAAAUGCAUUUUUUUUAAGAUUCGUAAAUUUUAUAAAGAUUAAUAUCAUCGUCAUAGAUAUAGGAAAGCUGUAAAGAAUCAAAAACUAUUUCAUUAAAAUUCCUAACAGGCACAAAUAGCUGCAAUUACCCGCCAAGGCGGAUAAUUGCAACUAAUCCCUUUUUUUGCAGUUUUUCUGACGCUGCCACCGUUAAAUUGAAAAAAUAUGCCUUGUUCGAUAUUUCAUAAGGUUUUGAUAUCUAUGCCUUGGUAAUAACGUUAAAUUUUGCACAAAAUCACUUUUUAGCCAUGGGACGGGAAUUGCAACUAUUUACCUACAAAUAGUGCUGGGAACCAUGUUGUGGUUUUAUCGACUUGCAUGGUGGCAAAACUAAAAGUCGGGAAUACAGUCAGAUGUUUAUAUUGAGCGUAAUCAAUCGUAACAACCAUUUUUACUUAUCUGUGCAAUAAAAAAAUAGUCUUAUAGUCACAUAGACAUUUCUAAUACUUACUAUCUGAGAGAUAUUUGCAUACUCAAAAAGUAACAUAAUAAAAUAGGAAAUCAUUUACAUUCAAACAUCUCUACUUUAUAAGGAAAUAUUACUGUAUCAUUUUGUUUAUUUAACACAGCCUUGGGCAAAUAUAAAAUCACUUUUUCUAUUAUGGAAAUGUCGUUUUCGACGAACUUAAAUUCUCUAUUAUUUUUAUUUCGAUUUGAGUCCUUUGACUACAAAUUUUAUCUUCAUCGAUGCUGUCUUGCAAAAUAUUUUGAAAAAAUCUUUCAAAGUUUUCAUCUUCUGAAGAUGUUAUUGAAGCAUAAGAACAAUCGCUCUCACUGUCUGAUUCUAUGGUCUUCUUCCUUUUAUUUUUCUUUGAUUUGGACUUAUUUAUCGGUGGCUUUUUCUUCUCAUUAUUACUUGCUUUUUUCAGUUUCUUUAGCCGUUUAGUUUCUUCUGCUUUAUCCUUUUUUUUCCUUCUCACUUUUCAUACGAUGAAGUGCAUCUUUGUAUGUUAAUAUUUCGCUUCCUUGACUCAUCCGUUUCCUUGAAGUUUUAGGUAUGUCAUUACGUGAAAUCGUUUUUAAUAGUAGCUCUUCGAAUGAAACCCGUUCUUCUUCUUUACUUUUAUUUAUUUUUAAGCGGACUGCUACAUUGUCCAAUACUUUAACGUUACAAGAAUGACUGUUGGUAUUCUUAGGAAGUGAAAGUAUGAACGUUUUAGGGUCCUUUACAGUCUCCCAGUUUUGAAAUGUAACCUGAGAACCUGAGUACGUAUUUAUUGGAGCCUUUGCAUAAUUUUUUGUACGUAGAUUUUUCUUCUCCAUAUCCCGUGUAAUGUUUGUAAUAGCCUUAUUGGGUUUAUCUGGAAUUCGUUGUAUCUCACUAUUAAUUGUUUUAAGGCACAUACUUAUUAGUGUUGGUACGUCAUGUUCUUUCUGACUAUUAUCUUUUUUGGUGUGGCUUCAACAUUUUCUUCACAGUUGUGAUCAGUAUCGUUACGAGGCUGUUUGUUUCGUUGCUGGUGCUCUUCCCAUCUUGACCAUGUCAGACUAUCGAAUUUUUCUUUUGGGAUUGUAUCUUUAAAGCCAUUUUGAAUGAUUUUAUUUUAUUUUAUUUAUUCGGGUCAACAAACAGUAGCACGCAGUGCUUAGAAAAAAAUCAGUAAUAAUAUAACACAGUAAUACUAUACAUGCUACCCACUACGUCAACCACAUAAUUAUUGAUUAAUACUUAAUUACAAAAGUUACAUGUAUGAAUAUAAGUGUAGAUAUAAAAAAUAUAUUCGUUUAGUUUUAUUGUUAUUAUUCUACAGGCUUAGUCUAAUAUAGUAAUAUUCUUCUUAAGAUAAUCCAUGACCAGCUUUUUGAAAGAGCCCACACGAGUGGAAAAAAUAUCAAUAUUGCCAAAGCACGCAUUAUAUGAGUGUGUCAUUCUCCAUAGUGGUGAGCGCUCGCCAGAAUUUGUACGACAUUUUAUAGUAGCAAAAAGUUUAUGCGUUUGAUUAUUGCGUACAUGACUUCUAACUGGUAUUUUGUAACAGAGUUUACGAGUUAAAGGAAUACAGUCGUAUAACUGAUAACUGGAUUUAAAUCAUUCCAUAUAUGAGUUAUAAUUCUGGCAAAAUCUGAUGUUGGGAGUUUUGCUCCCACAUGAAGUCUUUGUCAUUUCACGAGUUCGCUGUCCCAUUUGUCUUUCAUAGGUUUCAUUGUACUACAGUCUAAUGGCUGCAGUAUAUGGGAUGAGUGAGGUGGCAGUUUAAGAACCGUUAUGUUUUCGGCAACUAGAAGUUCUAUGACACUCAAGUCUACAUGUGCCUUAUGACCAUCUUAGACCAAUAAGACUGGUCGUUCCGCUCCGAUUGCUGGCAAAAAACGGAUUUGAGGUAUUGUUCGAAAAUGGUGGUCUCCAUCCACCCUUUCUGACUGACAGCGUAAGCAGUAUUAAUGUUGUCAUUUUUAAAUAGCCACUCGCUCCAAAGAUGUUUUCCUUGAAAUAUAAUUAAGGGGGGGAUCUUUUUGCCAAGUGCAUUCGUAGCUAAGAGCACAGUGGUGUUAUUCCUUCCAGGAGAGCCUGUCGUUCUAGUAGUCGGAAACCCUACCAGACCCAUAACUUUAGUUUUGGUGGGGUCACUACAAAAGCUGGUUUCAUCUAAAUUGUAUAUACAUUGCGGUUUGUCAGACAAACAGCACUCUUGUAUUGUUCGUUCUAACAUAUCGAAAUAAUUGUGAAGUAUGAAAGGAUCACAUGCUUUUUUUCGAGCUACUUCCACAGACUGCGGCUUUUUCAAACUUAAUUUGUUUCGUUUUUUAAAUCAUCUGAACCAUUCCUUCCCAGGAUAGUCAUCUUUAAAUCUCGUAACAAUUCCGUUCCUCCGAAUAUAUUCAGAUAUCAAAAUUUUUACUUCGUUGGGGGUUAACGGAUACCCACAUUUUUCCAUCACAUGGAGGUUAGAAGCUACUUUAGUUUCCCAUUCUUUUGACAAUUCAGUAGGUCUGCCAGGCGUUGGCUGUUUGGCACCACGUGUUCCAUAUAGACGGUGAUUAAUGGUUGACCUCGGUAUUCCGUAUUUUACAGAGUCUUCGUAGCUAUUCAUUUUUUCCCCCGUACUUUUUCAACUGCUUCCAUAAGAUCGUCUAAAGAGUAUUCCGUCUCUUUGUGUCGCUUAUAUUGUGGCAUCUACAAAAUAAAAUAAAAAGGUACUCAAAAACUAGAAAACAGGUCUUAGAGGUAAAUAAUAUUUUUGGUAGUACAAUAGUAGGUAGGUACAUUGAAUAAACCAAGGUGACCUAAGUACCCAGGAUUCCAUUAUAAAAUACUAAGACAAAGUGAAAAUAAAUCAUUUAUUAUUCACUACUAAUUAAGUGAAUCAGAAUUUUUAUACUUGUCUCAAAGGAGAUUUUGAAAGAGCGACACUAGAGCCAAAAGUUACAAAUAUAUAAACGAACUAUUUAAAUACUGCUAAGUAUGGUAUAAAAUAAAAAACCUCUUUCCCCCUUUCGAUAAAACAUUUUUAUCGUAGUAGUCAUUUUCACUGUCGCAUCACUAGCAGUAUCACACUUCGUACAAAAGCGGUCAGAUAAGUGCAACUAACCUAAAAAUUUCAAAAUAGUUGCAAUAAACUAACUUUUGAUUUUAAGUCUGCUUAAUGUAACUGAACCCAUAACUUUGGCUAGUUUUAUCGUGGAAUGAAACAAAUACGUAAAAAAUAACUUACCGUGGUAGAUAAUCACUCUCUUUAUGAAGAAAUCUACCAAAAACCACAAUUCACAGAAUUAAAUAUAUAUUACGCUCCGCGUGUACGCCGCGUCACGCCGAACAAAGUGGCGGUUUGACAAAAUGCCAUCUUAUUCACACAGUUCAAUAGUUACCAGCGCCAUCUUUUUUUUUUAUAUGCACUUAGAAUAGAAGAACAAUAUAACGCCUGUCGUCGUUCGAAACAGUGAUGAUAGAUGGAGUUAAUAACAAUAACCAGAUAAUUGCAAUUACAAGACUCGACCUUAUCGACUCUCAUUUAUUUUUUCAUUCAACUUAGACAAGAAAGAUGAAUACUUUAAAAAUAUGAGAGAUAUUUGAAUACGAUUUUCGUCGCGGAACUAACGCGGCAGAAAAAGCUCAAUAUAUCAAUAUUGCGUUUGGAGAGGGGACUGCUAAUGAACGCACCGUGCGAUUUUGGUUUAAACGCUUUCUGCUUUCGCUGAUGAAAACUUUGACUUGAAGAACGAACCACGUGGAAGACCACACAGGUGAAUAAUAAUGAAUUGAAAGAGAUGGUGGAAGCCGAUCCUAGCCAAACUACCCAGGAAUUAGCGACAUGGUUUAACGUUACAUUACCAACAAUAUUGACUCAUUUGCGUCAAAUCAAUAAAAUAAAAAAAUAUGAAAAAUGGGAAAUAAAACAAAACAUUGAUAGCAAAACUAGCAGUGAAACAGCCCCGACUUAUCGAUGUUCACCAUGAUAACGCGACACCUCAUACAGCACGAGAAACCGUUUUAACUCUUCAGGAACUGCAAUUAGAAACCAUUCGCCAUCCUCCGUAUUCGCCAGACCUUGAUCCCAUGGACUACCAUUUUUUUCGUGAUUUGGAGAAUUUUCUACGUGAUUAAAGUUUUAUUCUCAGGAGGCAGUACAAAAUGCCUUUACACAUUUUGUCGAAUCUAGAUCACCACAGUUUCAUCGCAAAGGCAUUAAUGACCUUCCUAUUGGAUGGCAUCAAAUUUAGAUAUUUCAGUACAAAUCGGAAAUUUCAUACUUUAAACCCUAAUAUUUAUAUAUUAUUCAAGUUCGGCCCAGACUCAGACGUAGCUAAUUGCGAUACAUAAACAAGACGACCACUCACUGUCACUGCAGACAAAGCGCGGUUCGCGGCGUAUUCGGUUCAAUCACUAAUAGUUAUUUAUAUCCGCUACGGUUGGUCUAUUAUAACCACUUCGACACGUGUUUCGCCUCGAGUGAUUGACUUGCCGAACUCUAAAACGUUUGAUGUGCUGCGGCACUCUCCUUCCGGAGUUCUGAGGGUUUUAUUAGCGAAUCAUCAACUUUUAAUAAGCGAUUCAAUUCCGAUGCAGUUCAGUUUAGAUACCUAAACUGAAUCACUAUGAUUCGUACAAUGAAGUGCCUUUACUGAAUGGCGUUUGAAUCGCUUAGGGAAGAAUGAAAGAAAGAUAUUUGUCUGAGGUCCGCGGUCUGUCGUGCCAGUGUUUGCUGAGUCAAUAUCUCGUGUAGAGGCAUGUCGAAUUGUUUAAAGACAAAUAUUGGCGGAAUUAACACUAAAGAAAACUCAAAACAUUUGUAUAAUUAUGGAUUUCCGCAAAGUAACGCCACGCCUACCUCAACAAAAGUAUUUUGUUUUACAAAAAAGUUCGAUAAAGUAUCCUCAUUUCAUCUUUCAUCAAUUCCAUUUUCCUUUUCUGUAUGUUUUCACUAUUUUUAAAAGUAGCAACUUUUUUUGAAUCGCUCCUUUUGACAUAUAAGCUAUCCAGUUAAGGUUGAAAUUUACGUCAUGGUACGAAUGAACGAACGAACUAAAACAGUUUGCGAUUCAAUUCGAAUCGAUUUGCGAUUCGAUUUUCGAUUGCGUUUGCGAUUAUAUUCAACCUAAAUUGGAUCGCUCAAAUGACGUUGUGGUCUGAAAUAGUAAACUGUAAAGCAGUUCAUUUUAGGUCGUCAAUUGAAUCGCAAUAAGAGUUCAUAGUAGGCCCGCUGGGAUCAAAGACAGAUCAUAGCGGAAUUAACACUUAAGACAACUCAGGACAUUUGAUUAGUAUGGAUUUCCGCAAAUUAACGCCUAAUUUAAUAAAAUAUUUAUGACGAACGGUUUUACAAAUUGUGCUCCCUAAAAACUGAAAUAAGUUCUGAUCUGAAACCGUCAGUACCAGAGAGUAGGUAGGUACUAAUUAAUUAUAAAUAUGUCAUAGGAUCUCUUUCUCAAGACGAAACCUAGAUGUCUAAAUAAAAAAAAGUUCAUGUUUUCAUGGCAAAGUGUUAGUUUUUAAUGUUUUAGAAAGCUAUGCCUUUAUUGUAUUAAAAUUAACUUUCUUUAUGUAAUAAAAUAAUUUACCAAAAAAUAAGAUUGCAAUUGUAAUUUAUACAAGCAUAUUCUGACAAUUCUUAUUUUUCUAUUUUUAUGACUUACGUAUUUGUAAAUAAAGACUUUUUUGUACA